AAAUUUUAUAUUUAGCCGCAUUUUGGUCUUUUUCUUUUUGAACACGUCGAGCGAAAUCGGUCGAAGAGUUUGACAAGAAUCUAACGUAAACAUGGAUGGUCAACUUUUGGAACCUACAUUGUACACGGUUAAGGGAAUGGCCAUCCUGGACAACGAUGGCAAUCGAAUUCUGGCAAAGUAUUACGAUAAGAAUGUAUUUCCAACAUCAAAGGAGCAAAAAACUUUCGAGAAGAAUCUGUUUAGUAAAACACACAGGGCGAAUGCUGAGAUUAUUAUGUUGGAUGGUUUAACAUGUGUUUACAGAAGUAACGUGGACUUGUUUUUCUACGUUAUGGGCAGUUCGCAUGAGAACGAAUUAAUUCUUAUGAGUGUUCUCAACUGCCUGUAUGACUCUGUUAGUCAGAUCCUUCGGAAGAAUGUUGAGAAGAGAGCAGUAUUGGAUAGUUUGGACAUAGUAAUGCUGGCGAUGGAUGAGAUUUGUGAUGGCGGUAUAAUUCUGGAUGCGGACGCAUCGAGUGUAGUACAAAGAGUAGCAUUGCGAACGGAUGACAUUCCACGGGAACAAACAGUAGCACAAGUACUGCAAUCGGCUAAAGAACAGCUUAAGUGGUCAUUAUUAAAAUAAAUUUUUUAUGUGUAUAAAUCUUGCAUAGAUAUAUCUGCAAUAUAUGUAUAUUAUAAAGGUU